CCUGUGGCAGAUGUUACAAACGUACAUCAACGUCUUUCACCACCAAUUUACAACCCAGUGGACUACCAGUCACAAAGUCGGGGCCUCAGGCCUCAGUAUCCUGUAGGCUGGUCUUUCACUUGUGAGCUCUGUAACAAGAACUACCGCGAUCCUUCUGGACUGAGCCGGCACCGACGCACUCAUUUAGGUUAUAGGCCCAGUUCAUGCUCUGUGUGUGGAAAAUGCUUCCGGGAUCAGUCUGAGGUCAAACGCCACGUGAAGGUACACGAAAACAGGAAACCAGUGACUGACAACCAGGAGCAUGAGGUGAAGAAGGUUCCACUUACAACAGCUGGAUCCCAAGGUUCCAACGUCAGGCAUGUGAAAGUGAUCCAAAGGCCAGUGGUCAGGGCUAAGGCAAGCUGCAGCAGAGACUCAUCUCUGAAUGUCAGAUCCAUCUCUAUUCCAGUAAGAUGCGCAAGUAACCUUCAUUGCCUCUUUUGUUCUAUUUGUUUUACCAAGAGGUGCUUCUUAACCUACCUCAAUCUCCACUUCAAAAAUGAGCCCGACCAAUACCUCGGUGGCGGAGAGUCCUCCCACUCAUCCGUGGUGGUAGGUUCCCAAGAGAAAACCCACAGGAAGCAGGAUAUCUACUGUUGCCCUGUCUGCGAUGUCUGCUUUAGGGAAAAGGAAAGCCUGCUGGAUCACAUGUGCUAUAAAGAAUCAGGCAGACCCAGUACGUGCUGGGAAUUCCUUGGUCAUACACUUGGCUCUCUUGAUGAUCCCUUUGAGACAGCUGAGGUAGGGGUCCAGACCGGGCUCUCUUAGUAUCCUGACAGAGACCAGGCUUUAGUUUUUGGUUCCCCAAAAUGGGACAGAAUUAAAUAGGCAGCUUUUUUCAGAAAAACCACAAUUUAAGAGCAACCCAUCAUCAGGUGCCCACAGCCUUCUGCUAACGCAGCAGGCCUCAAAGCCCCUUUACUGGCUCACCAGGUGUCCCCAGUCUCCUGAUAAUUAAAGACAGCUUUCCCUAGCCUGCUGCCUGAAGGUCCCUAACCACUAGAACCUCCAACCAUUCAGCCCACAGACUAAUAUUUCCUCUACCAACCAGCCCCCAGAUUAAUCCCUCCUCUCUGGAAUUCCCCUAACUCCAUUUAAAAGGAGGUUUUAAUCUUAUCUGGGGGUCACCAGGUGGCAUCCCAACAUUAGAAUUAAUAAAGUGCUCUUGUUUUGCAUACGUGGCUGUUGAUCUUUCCUUGGGGCUUCUCUUGGACUCUAACACCCUUGAAGCUAGAAAAUAUUUCAAAAGUAAAGGGGUCCUUGGAAAAAAAUAAAAUCUAGGAUGAAUUAUGCAUGCAGUGAGAAUUCCUGAAAGAUAAAUAAAAG